AGAGAGAGAGAGAGAGAUGUUUCUUUCUCCGGACGGCAGCAGCAGCUUGGAUCCGGACAAGAGGUGACCGGGGCUCGGGUUGAAGGAGUUUUGUGUGUGUGCAUGUGUGCGCGCUGCGGGUGCGUGUUGUACCCGUCUGGAGAGACUGCAGGAGCGGCAGGAGAGGCUCAAGUUGCUCGCUCCGCGCGCGCUCUGCCAUACCCCCGGUGCCGCCCGCCGCGUCCCUCACCUCCUGGUCCCCGGGACACAGGGGCGUCUGGCGCGGUGACAUGUGAAGAGGCUUGAAGUAUGGCAUGCAAAGAUGGGUUCUGCCAAGAAGAAGAAGGAGACGGCGACAGCGAUGUGGCCCGCUUUUAUUCAGACCCUCCUCUACUUUUUCUGUUUGGCGACUUGUGUGAAGAAAAGCUCUGGACAGACAAGGAAGGAUGAAAGGAUUUAUCCGGAGAAUUUUACUCGCAUUUUGGACCGACUUCUGGACGGCUACGACAACAGGCUGCGACCAGGAUUCGGGGGCCCGGUGACUGAGGUCAAGACGGACAUUUAUGUGACCAGUUUUGGGCCUGUCUCGGAUGUCGAAAUGGAGUACACCAUGGACGUGUUCUUUCGGCAGACGUGGGUGGACCAGAGGCUGAGGUACGAGGGACCCAUCGAGAUUCUGAGGCUGAACAACCUGAUGGUGACCAAAGUGUGGACGCCAGACACCUUCUUCAGGAACGGCAAGAAGUCCGUGGCCCACAACAUGACGGCCCCCAACAAGCUUUUCCGCAUCAUGAAGAACGGCACCAUCCUGUACACCAUGAGGUUGACCAUCAAUGCGGAGUGUCCCAUGAAGCUUGUGAACUUCCCCAUGGAUGGACACGCGUGCCCCCUCAAGUUUGGAAGCUAUGCCUAUCCUAAAACAGAGAUGAUCUACACGUGGACCAAAGGGCCUCAGCAUUCAGUGGAGGUCCCCCCUGAGUCCUCCAGCCUCGUUCAGUAUGAUCUCAUCGGCCAGACGGUCUCCAGCGAAACCAUUAAAUCCAUCACAGGUGAAUAUGUGGUGAUGACGGUCUACUUUCACUUGAAACGUAAAAUGGGCUACUUCAUGAUUCAGACGUAUAUCCCCUGCAUCAUGACAGUGAUCCUCUCCCAAGUGUCGUUCUGGAUAAAUAAGGAAUCGGUCCCGGCCCGCACGGUCUUCGGCAUCACCACUGUCCUCACCAUGACGACACUCAGCAUCAGCGCCCGCCACUCCCUUCCCAAGGUCUCCUACGCCACCGCCAUGGACUGGUUCAUCGCCGUCUGCUUCGCCUUCGUCUUCUCCGCCCUCAUCGAGUUCGCCGCCGUGAACUACUUCACCAACGCGCAGAUCGAGCGCGCCAAGAAGAAGCCGGCCAAAUGUCCCCCGGUGCCCCAAACCACGCCUGUCAAGGUCAAGGACACGGAGGAAGCGCUGCAGCAGAAUCCCGACAGCAACGGUAACCUUAGAAAGCGGAUGAAUUAUAUCUCCCACCAAGAGACCAGCCGUCACCAGAGAACCAUGUCCACCACCAACAUUUCGGGCGUCCGUCGAGCGAGAGCGCUGCGACCUUUGGCCGGCGGGGUCAACGGCAGCUCCUCCACCCUCUCGCGCUCCAGCCCCAAGUCCGAGAGCCUGCUCAGCGUGGCCUCCUCCUCUGCCCAGCUGGUAAAGAGUGCGCCGCAGGCUGCGGCGUCCACGCCGGACGUGAUGGCAGCGACGCCGUGCAAGCAGAACGCCAGCUCCUCGUCCCUGCAGCAUCUGCUGGGGCCCAAGUUGGAGCGCAUCCAGAUGAUGGGGAACAAGCUGGAGCUGAAGCAGACGCCGUGCUCGCAGCCCACCACCGCCGGCAUGGGAGGAACCAGCAAAAUUGACAAGUAUGCACGGAUCCUGUUCCCAGUGUCCUUCGGGGCUUUCAACAUGGUCUACUGGGUGGUUUACCUAUCAAAGGACACGAUGGUGGCUAAAGGUGGCUAGGCUCUGCUCCGGUGACGAGCGUGAAGACUCUUUUCUUUCAACAGAUGGGAAGCAAACAAGGAUUAUGGGAGUUUGCAAUAAAAAAAGAAGAAAACUGUUGUUCUUGCCAAACAGAUGAACAAAAUGUGCUCGCCAAGCACUUCCAUAUCCCAGAGAACAUAUUUAUUUUCUUCUUCCUAAGGUCCUCGAAACAGCAAGCAUGGGAGCAAAUCACCAAUUUAGAAAUAUCUGACUCGACAUAAAGAAGAACACCUGCACACUGGAAGAUGCCAGUGUCCUCUUUGUAUCGUGCUACGUCUGACUGUUAAAAGGUCUGCAUCGGCUUCAACUGCCUCAUGAUCCCUUUUGGCCUGCAGUCGAGAUAAAGCAUGGGAUUUUUUCAUUUUCCUAUUUUUGUACCCUGCACCUGGCAAGAGGUUCGGAUGCGUGCACCGCCGUCCUGGAAUGAACUGCACCGCCGCUAUGUAAAUAUAUGAAUUUAUUAGGAUAAAACGGAUUUAUAUUUAAUGAUUACAGUGUACUUCCAUUUGAAUAUUAAGACAUGUUGCUUUUGGUGCCAGCACGCUAGAUGAUGCAAAGUUGAAUUGUUUGAAGGAACAACGGGUCCGUGCGUAUGAUCUUGGAUUUUCAAUUUAAGUCCUGAAUGCAGACCAGAUGACGGUCAAAAAAUGGAUUAACUAAUCUAGAGAUAUUGAAAUAUCAAAGAUGAGAUUCGGGGAUCAGUUGAGUAGAAAGUAGAAAAAGCAAGUUAUUCAUUUGUGCAUCGGUAGGAGUUAAGCUUCUUUCCUGCCACAAUUGGUUACCAAAUGGCAGACUAGGAUUGUGCAAGUGAUUAAAAUACGGUCAUGAAUAAAGAGGAAAGGAAAGCAAAGCUAUUAGUUAGCAGAUCACUGCAGCAAUAAAACGGUGAGUCGGCCGUUUAGCGACCUUGUUGGCUUGUACAAUAAAGGAAUAUGACUGUACUGUUCAACAGCUGCUCCUCCAGGGUCGAGACUCAGGAGCUGACCGCUGUCAUCCACCGUCUUAGAUUGUGUCUAACAGAUGGGACCGGCUUUAGGUUUAGCUGUAACGCACUAACGUACAUCUUUCACUGCAUCUCUGGCCGUUAAUCUUGGGAAAUUUCAUGAGGUCUAGGAAGCAGAGCCCAAGCAGCGUUAUUAUUAUUAUUAUUAUUAUUAUUAUUAAUAUAAAGCUGCAGGGGAAGCCCAUCACACUACAUGUUCAAAGGUUGAGCAAUGGAAUGGCUGCCUUUUUUCGUUAAAAGCCUAAAGUAGAACAGCCCCUGUGGAGUUUUAUUAUUCAAUCAUUCAUUCGGCUACUGGUAAUUGUGGCAGCUAAGGUAGGGUAAUGGGAUUUACUGUAGCUACACUACUUUACCAGCAAGAGAAAAACCCUAAUAAAAGAGUGCAGCGCUGCCUCCGGCUCUGCUCUCUCUGUUUAGAUCAUGUUAAAGACAUCAUUUCGGUAAAUCCUUUUGCUGAGAGUUAGAUGAGAACACCGAUACCACUCAUAUCUCUACACUAAAUAUAAGACUACAGUCACUUAGCUUAGCAUAAGACUGGAAACGGGGGAAACAGACAGCCUGGUUCCAUCCAAAGUCCAGCCACAACACCUUUAAAGGUGCACUAUAUGAUAUUCAAAGAAGUGAUAUAACAACUACUGUCUAUGUAAAGAUAUAGUGCAGUAAUGUCUACCUGAGCAGAGAAUGAAGUCACUCUCCCUCUGUGUGUUGUUAUCCGAGUUUUAAGCUUGAGUUGACGUAGCCGGGCCUGCAGCGCACGCUUUUAGUGCAUGUUCCUGCAUGCUAGCGCGCCCUGCUGGCUAGAAAACUGCGUUCAUAAGGCAGUGACGGAUGCAGAAGUGUAGCCCUCACCCUCCCAGUUCGCUCUGCUCUUGCGCUUUUGCCGGAGUUUGCGCCGUUAACACCAUUAGCUCGAGCCACUGGCUCAGCGGUCGCCAUGUUGAGAGGCAAUAGAAAUGCUCCCAUGCUCGUAUUUAGCACCUUUCAAGCUCACGAAAUGAACUUCUCCAAUUUGACUCCAUAAAGUCAGCUAUAGGAGGCUCGCAGUUUCCCCUCGUUUACAGUCUUUAUGCUAAGCUAAGCUAACUGGCUGCUUGCUGUAGCUUCAUAUUUAGCAUACAGACAGAUGAGAGUGGCAUCGAUGUUCUUAUAUAUAGCGCCCGACAAAAAGAGCAAAUGAGCCCAUUCACAACAUGAACUUAUUGUUUAACGAUUUUAUUCAUCAAAAUUCUGUUGAUUUCCGUGGACACAAAAUACGUCCCAUUUCUACCCUCCUAGUAAUAGCGCAGAAAUCCUUAAACCAACAAAAGAAAGUCACUGAAAAUAGCCUCCUGUGUGAUCAGGACCUUGCGCAGUUUCGCCCUCCGGUGACCUUCAGGGGUCAUGAUGAAGGAGACGGCUGAUAAUUGAAUCUCUGAAUGUGUGAAGGACGUUAUUAUCAAAAUAUCACAAACAUGACGUCGGACAGAUUGUCCUCUCUGCUGUCCCCUCUCACUGUUCUGUCACUGACCGGUAGAGGUGAAGCAGGGGGUGUGUUGUCAUUGAGUCCUUUCUCUGGACAGAGACACGUUUCAGUCAUCACUUGAGUGCAAAUAACAGGUCUCCUCAUUUCAUCAGGAACAGAGCUUUUGAAGCAUUAGAAGAUAAUUAACAAGAUGUUAGUCCCCAGUAUAUAUUUAGAUGAAGGAAUCACAAAAAAAGAAAAUCUUGCUCGACAAGUAGAAUAUAUUUCCUCGUGGCUUUGAUUUAUUAUUCCUCGGAGACCGUUUGGGGGAGCUGAAGGUUAAACAGUCCGUGUAUGAGCUCAGCUCCUCUGCACACCUGCAGACAGAGAUGUCUGGUUGCCUGGUUUCUUGCUCUAAUAGCCACAUCAUCCACACAGUCACGGUUGUUGGCCCUCGUCGAUCGGUUAGUCUAACAGGAGUUAUGAUGCGGCAACACAAACGCGCGGGGGCCGAUGGACAGAUCAAGAUGCCCGCCGCCACUCACCUCUCCCAAACGCAGUCGUGUGUGAAAUUGAUUUUGCUGUUAUUGCCUCCCUGUUGGCCCACCCCACCCCCCUCUCUCGCUCUCCCUCUCGCAAAAUGUGCACAAAAUACAUCUCCUCGUUAAAGAAUACACAGAACACCCAUGUACUAAUGAGGAGCCUGUCAACGACAGAUUGAUGUUUUUGUGGUGUGACUCUGCUGCUCCAAAUGUGUGCAUGAUUGAUGGAGCUGCCAACGCCAGGUUGUUGAGGGGUUGUUUUUUUCUCUCUUUCUCCCUUCUGUCAAACAUGCUGUUCUAGAUGACAGACAGACGAGGCUCCACACGUUUGCGCCUUGCCAUUUUGAAAGGCUGACACGGUGCAGGUCUGUGGAAAGUUCAAUCACAACCUGAGACCGAGCCCUCAAUUCAUCAUUGUCAUUUCAGCUGUUGUAAUAGUUCAAGAGCAUCAAAAUAGCUUUAUUUUUUCAAAAAAAAACGUUUUAAAUUGAAAGCCAUAGAGUGCAGCUGUCUGGGUAAAAUGGGGCUAUCCAUUGUAGUAUUGGAGCACUUUUGAAGUAAAUCAUGGCGUAACGCUCCCUCUAGUGGUUCGACUUUUAACACAAUGCUUUUGGAGGACAGGCUCUUUUGAAACAGUUGAACGCCACAUUAGAGAGAGAUCUCUCCUGCUUUCUGCCAGUCAGGUAUAUUAAUUACCUUGUAAUGAGGGUUUAAUUCAAGCAUCUGCUCGUCUUGUAUGGCUGGCUGACUGACCAGCACAACCGUUUUUGCAUUGCAUUCCUCACGAUUGGGUCCGCUGGAAAGCUGGAUUGUUUUAUAACAGUUAAGCAAAAAUAAAGCAGAGAAUGGAAGGCGUCCACUACCUGACCCUGUCUACUUCAUCUAUUCACACUGGCAAAGGUGUGUUCAGAAUAUCAAAACAGACCACUGAGAGGACAUUUUCAGUUGUAUUUUAGUUUCUUCUUCAUUUUUUAAAUCGAGGUUCGAAAGUCUGUUUCGCUUUGUUUAAAUUCUGUGUUUCCUGCUGACGGAGCAAAGCCUCCGUUAUGUUUUCAACCUAUGUCAUUUACAGACACAACA